UCAAAAGGAGCAUAAAGAAAAUGAGGCGGUGGUGAAAAGACAUGACGCUGUGGCUUCACGAGAAAGCAGAGACCGUUAAUAUCCUUUUACCUGAACCCGUUCCCGGUGUCCCGUUGGCUUUGGUUCUCCGAGCAGCACCUCCGCUCUUUGUCAGCCGGUGGACCCGGGUGCGUUAGUGGAUUUUUUUUUAAAUCUUUUUUCUGAAUGAAGACGCUCCCCGACUGAGUCUCGUUAGCUUUUAUUCAUCAGUAAACCACAGUUUUUUUUCCAGUUAGAUGAUUUUUGUAAAGUUUUUGCUGCUGGGUUUUAAUUUCCUGCUGGAUUAAAUCACCUUUUGUUCAGAGAAAAGAGGCGUUUAGAUGCUGCAGUUCAGUCACACUGACGGAAGAUUUACUGAGCAGCUCUUUAAUUAUAGUAGCCUACAUCUGUUUUCUCACUCAUUUUUCUUUCGGCUAUGUUGAUUUGGAGGAAUGGACACAAUGCCGAAUGGACUAUUUAACCUUUUUAACGGGGUAUAUUUAAAAUUAUUAAUAUUCUUUUGUUUAUAAUACAAACCGGUGACUCAGCUGGUGUUUUUAGUCUUUUGUGUGGAGCUGAACUGUUUGUCCCAGACUACAUUUGAUUGUCCCGGUCCUGUCCACUGUGUACGGGGGUUGAGAGGAGCACUAUGCCGGAGUGCGUUUCGGUUUCGGAAUUCGUGCAGGAGGUUCAGGAGGACUGGAGCUCCCCCACCACCUCCUCCUUUACCUCCAAGAUGACCAGCUGUAGGAACACCGUCUACCUGCUGGAGGAGGCUCUGGACAGUGACCGGUUGGUGUUACAGAAAAUGAAGAAAGCUGCAAAAGCCAAGUACACAUCAGGACAAGACCACGUGUCUCACCUGGAGCAGUACAUCAACUCCAUGGAGAAGCUCGCAGUCAACUGUCACUCAAAUGGAGAGACGGAGGUUGGUUCUGCCUUCUGCCGCUUGGCGGACUUUUCUAAAGAACUUGUCUCUCCAAUGAAAAACCUGUUAAAAAGCAUGCUCCACAACAUCAACUUCUUCCUGGACUCUCUGGUUAAAGGAGACCUGAGAGAGGUGAAAGGGGAUCUGAAGAAGCCUUUUGACAGAGCAUGGAGGGACUAUGAGAGCAGAUUCAAGCAGGUAGAGAAGGAAAAGAGGGAGUUGGCGAGACAGUAUGGGAUGGUGAGGAGCGAAGUCAGUGGAGGAGAAAUCGCAGAGGAACUUGAAAAAGAGAGGCGCUCCUUCCAGCUGAGCAUGUGCGAGUAUCUCAUCAAGGUAAACGAGAUAAAGACAAAGAGAGGAGUCGACCUGCUGCAGAACCUCAUCAAACACUACCACAGUCUCAACAAUUUCCUGCAGGAAUGUGUCUCCACCACUCAGAGGUUGAAGCAGUACAUGGAGGAGCUGAACGGAGUGCUGAGCACGGUGAAGCAGCGUCAGGAAGAGGAGAAGAGACAACUGUGUGCUCUCAGAGAUCAUCUGAGGCCAGUCGUUCACACAGAGCAGGACUCUUUACCUAAACAGGUGUACAACAUGUAUCAGCUGCUGGGAGACAAACAGUAUGGAACUGAAAGAACAGGAUUCCUCUACAAAAAGAGCGAUGGGUUGAGGAAAAUGUGGCAGAAGAGGAAAUGUUCAGUUCAGAACUGUUACCUGACCAUUGCACAUGCUACUCCUAACAAACCUCCAACCAGACUCAACUUGCUCACCUGUCAGGUUAAACCCAGCGUGGAAGACAAGAAAUGCUUUGACCUCAUCUCUCAUAAUCGGACCUACCAUUUCCUUGCUGAGGAUGAAUCGGAGUGUGUGGCAUGGAUCUCAGUGCUCAGCAACAGUAAGCAGGAGGCUCUAAGCAUGGCCCUAGAUGGGGUGGGGAAAGGGGAUGGAGGUGGUGAAAGCAGUGUGGAAGAUCUGACCCGAGCCAUCACUGAAGACAUCCGCCGGAUGCCAGGAAACAAUAACUGCUGUGACUGUGGAGCUCCAGACCCUGGAUGGCUGUCCACAAACUUAGGGAUCCUGACGUGCAUUGAGUGUUCAGGGAUCCACAGGGAGAUGGGGGUCCACGUCUCCAGGAUUCAGUCUUUGAGCUUGGACAGUCUGGGGACCUCAGAUCUGCUGUUCUCUGUCUUUCAGUUGGCCAGAAAUGUUGGCAACUCUGGCUUUAAUGAAAUUCUGGAGGCGAACCUGCUGAGUCCAUCUUUCAAGCCCUCACAGCACAGCCACAUGGGGGAGCGUAAAGACUUCAUCCUAUCAAAGUACCAGGACGUUCAUUUUGUGAGGCGGAGCCACAGCUCUGCUGCAGCGCUGCGACUCGGCCUGCAGGAGGCGACCAAGAGCUGCGACAUAUACACUCUGAUUCAGCUGUACGCUCAGAAGGCGGAGCUUAGCCAGCCACUACACACACACAUACAGGAGAAAGGAGAGACGGCGCUCCAUUUGGCCGUCCUAUUGGCUGACAGGACGUCGUUGCACAUCUUGGACUUCCUGGCCCAGAACUGCUCCAAUGUGGACAUACAAACGACGGCAGGAAACACAGCGCUGCACUACAGCUGCCUGCACAACAAGAGUGACUGUGUGAAACUGCUGCUAAGAGCCCGAGCCAACAUGCACAUCAAGAACGAGUUAGGCGAAACCGCACUUGAUGUAAGUCGCCGGUUGAAGCACAGCUACUGUGAGGCGCUGCUGCAGCAGGCUCAGUCCAACCAGUUUGACCAUCACGUCCAUGUGGAGUAUGAGUGGAGGCUCCGUCAUGAUGAUCUGUAUGACAGUGAUGAUGACUUUGAUGACAAGAACGGUCCAAUGAAGAAGGAGCGCUCCACAUCCUCAUCAUCUUCCGCAUUCACCCCAUCCUUCUCCUUCUCAUCCCGUCCUUUCAACAUCAAUCAGUCCACCUCCUCAUCCUCAUCUACCCCACCCUCCUCUGGAGCACCGGGUGGAGGUCUUCUCAGUGUGGGGAGGAGGCUGGCCAUGGCCAUGGAGCUUCACAGCCGUCCGUCUGGCUCUGCCCCCAGCCCUCCUCCUCCUCCCCCGUCCUCCCCAGCUCCACCGCUGCCGCCACGAGUCAAAGUUCCCAGUGUUCCUCCUCCUCCUCCUCCUCCUGGAGGAGAUGGAGUAAAGGAAGAAGAGGAGGAAGAGGGUGAGGUUUUUUUUCCCAUAACAGGAAACAGAAAAACAACCCCUCCCCCUCCAGUUUCCAUCAGACACAAGAGGACCUGCUCCGAGUCUAAUAAGCAUGAUUUUGGGUUGCCAACCAGUCCCAGGAUCUACAGCGGUCCAGACUCCUCCUUUAACAAGUGUGUUCCAGCUUCUCCUCUCAGCUCAUUGAGUGAACGACCAGACAGAGGUUUUCGACGGGCUGAAAGUGACAGUAGCUCCUCCUAUUUACUCAAUCCUGCCAGUAAAGCUCAGCCCAAUGGAUCUCCCACCAAUCACCGCUCUCAAAGCUUUGAAAGUGACAGCAGAGGUCCUGCCCCUCAGCCACUUCCUCGCAGAUCACUGCCUCGGGGGGCUGCCAGUCGGAGGGCUCAGGCCCUGUAUGACUGCCAGGCCGACCACCAUGAUGAGCUGAGCUUCUAUGAAGGCCAAGUGUUAGUGGUCCUGGGACAGGAGGACAGUGAUUGGUGGCAUGGUUACAUAGAGGAUGAACCGGACCAGAGAGGCUUGUUUCCGUCCUCCUUUGUCCAGUUACUGUCUGACUGAUGCCUGGACCAGACCAGGAACCACAUGACUUCAGGUCAGCACAAAUCCACAUCGCAUCCGAGUCUGUGAAGUCAGAACCUGGACAUCAGGAGAACCAGAUUAAAAUGACAGACCUGAUCUCAGUGCAGGUUUCAGACUUUCUGGUCUGAUCUGGUCUGACUCCAGCUCCCAGGAUCAGUCGGUGCACCUCUGGCGUUCUACAGGUUCACGUGAGCAUGGUCCAGCCAACGUUGUCAUAGCAACUGGUGUUCCUCAGGCCCUCCGUUACCAUGGAAACAUUAUGACUGACCUUUGAAUGAAGACUCAAGGCCGUAUAUUAUUUUUUUGUGGUUUGGGUCAAGUAAUGUUGUCAAUGAGAUAGUCUUACACAAACAGAUCAGCUAAGACUGGAGGCUUAUAUUUCCAUUGCCUUUAUUUAUUUAUAUAUUUCAAAUAAAAUAAUAAGAAAUACUUAAAUAAGCACACAGAUGACAGAAAGUCAGCUCAAAUUACAGGCAUACAGUAGGCUUUUGGAGGAUUAAAUACUUUUUUCAUUAUAUUUAUUUUUAUUUAUUUAUUGUAACUUAUUCAAUGGAAAACAUUACCAGGAGAUACCAAUGCAUUUCAAGCUUGUCUUUCAAAGGAUUCUGGGAUACUAAAGACCAAAGCUCUAAAUUCAGGUAAACAUCCUUUUUUUUUUUUUUUGGAAAAAGGAUGGACACAAAAAACGGACAUAGACUGGACUACAGAAGAGGUGAAACCUGAGAUGAGUCACAUCUGCUGCUUCUAGCUGCCUUUGUGUCCGACAAUAUCACAACACCUCAGUGACUGAACACAGCAGCCACUGUCACAAAAGUUCAUUUACCCCGUAUCGUGUUGAUAUAUCAAAAUAUUCCUUCAUAUUAACACUUUUCUCUCAUAAACACAAACUUAGCACAAAAAGUAUGAACAUUUGUGUUUGGUCAUUUUUUUUUCUUAAUAUUUUUGGCAAUAAAUCUUAAACCGCUGGAAAGCCUGUUUAUUUCUUUUUUUAUUUGUGCCACAUUUCACAGAAAAAUGCAUUUGUGGGUUGUGGCGUGAUUUUAAAAAAGAGAAUAAACAGAUUUUCCAAGUUUUAUUGCCAAGAACAAUUGUUACAACACAGAAAUGCAAACACAAAUUUUUAGUUUUACCACCAAAUUUAAUGUAAUUCAGCAAAAAUAUACAUAACAUAAGCUAAACACAGAUGGAAAGAGGAUGGUAAAUAAUUUUCAGGUAAACUUACUCUGAAGAAGGUUUACCCCCUUAAAAGAAAGUCCCAUAAAAAGUACUCCGAGUAAAAAGGUAGCAAUAUAUUUUUAAAAGAUGUUGAUUGGAGUUUUGUGCAGCAUGAGUGAUUUCAUUAUGUUCAACAUUUCUUACUAUUUCUGUGACCUGCAUGCACAACUAAUUUGAAGUUGUGUAUGUUGUGAAUCAUCAAAAAUUAAAACUUGCCUGACAGAAAGCAGGUUUAAGUUUCUAAGUUGAUGUAGUAAGCCCUCAGAAGAUGCGUUUUAUUACGUUUUAACUACAACAAACACAUUUAUGGUAUAUUUAUAUCUCAGUUAAAAGUUUCUCGUGAUUAUUAGGCAAGGCAGUUUAUUUGUAUAGCAUAUUUCAUGUACAGGACAAUUCAAAGUGCUUUACAUAAAACAAAGGCAUUACAGAUAUUUAGAAAUAGUAAAAGGCAUCAACACAUAAUCACAAUAAAAUAAUAAAUUACAUUAAAAUGAUUAAAAGCAAGAUAAGUUAAAAAAGUUUUUUAUUAGUCUUACAGUAUGAGUUUUAUCCAUAAUGCAGCAGAAAUAGACUUUUGUUAGAACCUAAAAUUUAGUUUAAUGUGAUAAGAAACAGAAAAAUUUAAAUAUUUUUGGUUAUGGUAGCAGAAAAUGUACUGCUGUAUGUUUAACCAAUCCCAUCAGAAUUUUUACCAGCUUUCUUUGGCUGUUUCAAUAUUUACCUCCUGAGUAUCUUCAGCUUUACAAAAAUGAAAACACAAGUCAUGAUUUAUGUCUAAAAUUCUUUAUUUUAUUCAAAGUGGUGGGUUUAUGUCAUUUUCUGUGGUUUUUGUUAAAAUAUCAAAGUGCUCCUGUCUGUUUGGCAUCUACACACAAACUGAUGAGCGAGUUAGACUGAAACUGUGACCGUUUCAUCAGAGUCUGAACACGAUGAGCUGCAUUAAAGCUGAACAUAAUUUAUACAUACAUCGUUUCUCUGAAUGUAUAGACCACAUACAGAUGGCAUUAAAAAAACUAUGCUGGAAUUAGAAGCAGUUGAUUGGUUCAUAUUAAUCUGCACUUUCUUGCAUCCCUGAUGUACAUAAACUUUACAAUCCCAGACCGCAGGGAAUUUGAUGAGCACAACUUUGGAUUUAAAGUCACAACAAAUAAUUUUUUUUAAGUGUGAAAAAGUCAAAACCGUUUACAAACAGCUAAGACUGUCAAGUGUAAAAGCUUGCAUGCAGAUGUUAAAUCCAGCUCAGGACUCAGCAGGGCUGCUGCACUUUCAUUAAGUGGCUAAACCUGGUUAAUGCAGAUACACACAAAUAGUAGACUGGCUCAUUUCCAGUUUUACUGGCAGGAGCUUAGAAGUUUUCCAGGAUAAAAUAAAGUGUUAAAGGGGAUGAAAACUUAAAAAGAAAAAGAAAAAACCAGCAGAUGUUUCUUAUUAAACUUAGGCCUCUGGCAACACACCGACACAAUUUAAGAAACCAUGUGACUUGUUCCACAUUUAGCCAACUAAUGACAGAGCAACAGCCUUAUCCAGCACCUAUGAUCAUUCCUAUGAGAUCUUAAUCUGCUUCAAACAAAGUGUUCAAUGAAAUGUUCUUCUCACACUUUUUCCAUGUUUGAAACUUUUUUAAAGUUCUGAUGUGGUAAUCACAUCGUCUUAACACAGUAAUCAGCCGGAUGUGUGGAGCCUCUCUCAAAGAAAAACAACCUGUUUCUUUAUAAGAACAAGUGAGCGACUGAAUCUCCAUCAGUCGUGGUGUUGAUCACAGAGAUGUUUAAAUAAUAAUUAAAAAAAAGGUUGUUUGAAGCAGACGGGCCUCUCACUGAGUGUCAGUCUCAGGACAGUUUCACACAAAAAAUAAUUGCAUUAUUUCCUAGCCAUGUGGCCCUCAUGUGCAUCACAGAUUUGAUCACUCAGCUUUAAAUACACUGACGUUAUGCUCUUACGCCGUUCUUUGUAUUUUGCUCACAUGCAGCGUUUAUAAAAGGCACAAUAAAAAGUUAAAGACACAUUACGGAACUUUUUGACCCUAAAACUCCGCGUUCCAGACUCAUUCGAUGGCACCAUGACAUCUAAUAUGUGCAUUUCUGGAGCUGGAGCUGCCCAGCAGCGUCCCGAGGCUGAGACAGCACUAUGCAACUGUUUCAUCUGGGAUGAUGCGAGAACACACUGGUCGUUUUAAAUACCCAAGAAGACACAAGAAGACUUUAUUGAAGGAAGAGGGAAAAAGAAGGAGAGAAAGAGACACAACAUAAGAUAAGACAAGAGCCAAGAUCAGACUGUCUUUUACUGGCUGGAGAGAGCUCCCAGUACAGUUAGGAUACAGGAUAGAUGCUGAAUUAGCCUUCGAUAGGGGGCUCGUCACUCAGAAAAUUGCAAAAGUUCUGUAGUGCGUCUUUAAAAGCAAGUAUAAAAGCAAUGAAUGAUUUUGUGUGUGAAAAUGUCCUGAAGCUGCUAUUAAUGUAAACCGCAGCACAAACAUUCAGAUCCAUGUAAUUGACAAUCAGCAACAGUUUUUUUUCUUUGUACAUUCACAGUGCAGACAGCUUCCUUGGCCACCUGCUGAAAUAGUCAUUCUAUUGUCAGUGGUUAUUUUUGGUUGAACUUAACCACCAUGCUACAUCUCCCACUGAUGUGUGUGGUGCACACACUGGUCAUGUUUAUGGAUUGUUUGACUUGUCCAUGUAAAGUUUUAAUAAAAUGUCCCAAGUUG